UUAAAAAUAAAAGCAGAAGCAAUCUAUUAACUCACAUAAUGUCUUGUUUAUUUUCUCUUUUGAUUUUCUUUUCAUGUUUGCUUAUAAGUAAUUCAACUACCAUAAAAGAGAACGAUGUUACUCCUUUAUUCCUUUUCGGGGAUUCUUACUUUGAUGCCGGAAACAAUAAUUACCUCAAAAUUGCAGCCGGCAAGGCCAAUUUUCCCCCCUAUGGUGAAUCAUUCUUUAAACAUCCUACCGGGAGAUUCUCUAACGGUCGAAUUAUUCCAGAUUUUAUCGCUGAGUAUUUAAAACUACCGUUGAUUCUUCCUUAUCUUCAACAUGAAAAUGAAGAGUAUAGAUAUGGAGUUAAUUUUGCAUCAGGUGGAGCCGGUGCUCUUGUUCAAACCUAUCAAGGAUUGGUUAUUGAUCUAAAAACUCAGCUUGGGUAUUUCAAGAAUGUAAAGAAGAAACUAAGGAAGAAAAUAGGCAACACAGAGAGAGAAAAAUUAUUAUCAAAGGCCAUUUAUUUAUUCAACAUUGGCCUCAAUGACUAUGGAGCACCUAAAAUACUUGAUGAGGACUACAACAAUAAACAGUUUGUUGGGAUUGUGAUUGGCAACCUCACUUCUGUAGUCAAAGAAAUUUAUAAGAAUGAAGGAAGAAAAUUUGGAUUUUUGAACGUGAUGGAUUUGGGUUUUCUACCUUCAGUCAGAGCACUUGAACAAACUAAUAGUACCCCAAUUGGCUUUAAGGAGCAAGCUACAAUUCUAGCACAACUACACAAUAAGGCACUUCCUAAGGUGCUUAAGGGCCUUAAAAAAGAACUGGGAGAAUUUAAAUAUUUCAUUUUUGAUUUAUAUACUACAGCAAGUGAAAGGAUUAACAAUCCUUUUAAGUAUGGUUUUAAAGAAACAAAAGCGGCAUGUUGUGGGAGUGGACCAUUUAGAGGAAUCGGACAAUGUGGUUUAGUUAAAGAGUACGAAUUGUGUGAGAAUCCAAAUGAAUAUUUGUUCUUUGAUGGCAGUCAUCCAACAGAAAAUUUCAGUAACCAAAUUGCUAAGCUUAUGUGGAGUGGAAAUUCUAAAGUCAUAAGCCCUUGCAAUCUCGAAACACUACUUCAGGCAUAAUCAGUAUUAUGUCUAUUUUUCAUUUUUAGUUGGAAGGCUAAAAUUAUCAUAUUAUAGUAAAAGAAAUUAUUUCCAAAAAUUUAGUUUAUUUUAAUAAUAUAAAUUAAUUUAUAAAAAAUAAUAUACUUUUUGUUUACUAGGAGUCAUUUUGUGA